UCAAGGACAAGUUCUGUGAUGAUGAGUUGGCUGCAGAAGUUCUUUUUGAUGAGGCAUUUUGCAUUGUUGCUGAGGAAGAACCUGCUGAUGUACGGUUUGGCGUGGAUUUACUACAAGCCAUAAAGAUCGAGUGACAUAUAGGCAUUAGCCCUUCACGGAAAUGUCUUGAUUUUAUCCUGAAUGCCUGUGUUAAGGCAAAAGACCUGCAAAACUCUCUUUUGAUUUGGAAAGAAUACCAGAUUGCUGGCCUUCCUUAUAAUGUUUUCAAUUUCCUAAGAAUGUAUCAGGCGCUUUUGGCUUGUGGAGAUCACAAGUCAGCAGAAGCAAUGCGAACUAAAAUUCCAAAAGACGAUCCAGCUGUACGGAUGUCAUCAGAGCAUUCCAAGUGACUUACCCCAAGUCAACAACACCUGCAAAGCCCAACAAGCGGCUGCAGCAGCAAGAGAACAAGUAAAACUGAAAGCAAAACACGAACUUGAACAGAAUAGGAUUCAACAUUCUUUGUCCAAGAGAAAUCCUCCAGGCAUUUUUUCUUGUAUACUUCCUGUUAGGUCUAGCUCUUUAUUUUUGUAUUUCUGUAGCUGCUGCUUUUUCUUGCCCUCCCUUGUUCACUAAAACGUACGUGUUUAGCAACAUUGCACGGUAUGCAUGGAAACCAAAAGGGGUUGAUGCUGUGGAGCAUGGAAUGAUAUCUUUAAACGCAUCGUCAUAUUAAAGACUCGUCUAUAUAUGGUUGUAUUGUAUCUGUGUAAAAAGUAGAUAAUACUUCUUCGGUAGCCUUUGUAAAUGUACUUUGAGAACACUUAACCGUAGAAAAAGUAUAUAGAUGGAGACAUUUUCUCAUUCGAUCUUGACAGAAUCAAGUUUAUAAUUACAG